UAUGAUCUUAAUAUAGUGGAAGCAUCAAAUCAAACAUGUUUACAUAUAUGAUUAAAAACAAGUUAAAUAUAGAGAGAAAUAGAAAGAAAGAGUAGACCAUGCUGAGAGGUUGUGCACACAGUAACAUCAUAAUUCAGGGGGGAUGAACUUCACUUAAUCAAGGUCCACCCUCCUCAUGUGACUCCAUUAUCAACUUGAUAAUAAGUGGGUCCUAUUUCACAUCCCAAGCCCACAACUCAAAAAUACAUACACCAAAAGUCAUGAACUUGCAACAGAACAUAGAUGAUAGAAUAGACCCACCAUUUUCCUUUUUUACCCCUUCCAUUCCAUUCCUUAUAGUCCCCUCUUUCACACCCAUGAAUCUUCCUAGUUCCAUCCCUAUUUCAGUUGACCCACACCAUUCCCAACCCUACACUCCCAAAUAUUUAUUUAACUAUUAUUAAACACUAAAUUAAUCAACUAGUUAUCACCUCAUUAUUUUAAAUUGUCUCAACUAAGCAUAUUUGCUAUUAUAAUAAUAUUAAAGUAAAUAACAAACUAACUAGCUAUAGAUACAUAUUUACAUGUACAAGUUCCCUCUAUAUAUAUUCCUUCCUCAAACAACUCCUAUUCCCACACAAACAUACAACAACUCUCUUCUUUUGCUUCAUACAACAAACACAAAAUAAAAAAUGGAUGGAGGUAGUUGCAUAGAUGAAAGCACCACCACCGAAUCACUUUCCAUAACAAUACCACCAAUGAAGAAACUGUCGACGCCGCCUCCGAACAGCCUAUGCCGCGUCGGUAGCGGCGCGAGCGCGGUCGUGGACUCCGACGGCAGCGGCGUUGGAGAAGCCGAGUCACGGAAGCUUCCCUCAUCCAAGUACAAAGGCGUGGUGCCACAACCAAACGGCCGUUGGGGAGCACAGAUUUAUGAAAAGCAUCAGCGCGUGUGGCUUGGUACCUUUAACACAGAAGAUGAAGCUGCAAGAGCUUAUGACGUCGCAGCGCAACGGUUCCGCGGAAAAGACGCUGUAACUAACUUCAAACCACUCUCCAAUGAUGACAACGACGACAUGGAAGUCGAGUUUCUUAACUCGCAUUCCAAGUCAGAGAUCGUUGACAUGUUAAGAAAACACACAUACAAUGACGAGUUAGAACAGAGUAAGCGCAGCCGUGGCUUUAUCAACAGAAGAAGCCACGGAGGCCUAAACUAUUCUAACCUCGCCAGUUUCCAAUCCAGCGAGAAAAAGGCGCGUGAGGAUCUAUUCGAGAAGGUUGUUACUCCCAGCGACGUCGGGAAACUAAACAGGCUAGUUAUACCGAAACAACACGCUGAGAAGCAUUUUCCGUUACAGAAAGCUGUCGAUUGCGGCACUGAUGGAAGGGCCGCAGCGACGGCUGCAGGGAAGGGAGUGCUUUUAAAUUUUGAAGACGUUGGAGGGAAAGUAUGGCGGUUUAGAUACUCUUAUUGGAACAGUAGCCAAAGCUACGUUCUAACUAAAGGAUGGAGCCGGUUCGUUAAAGAGAAGAAUCUGAAAGCCGGUGAUACGGUUUGUUUUCAACGGUCUACUACUGGACCGGAUAAACAGCUCUUUAUUGAUUGGAAAGCAAGAAAGAAUGUUAAUGAAGUUGGAUUGUUUGUUCCGGUUGGACCGGUUGUUGAGUCGGUUCAGAUGGUUCGGUUAUUUGGGGUUAAUAUUUUGAAACUCCCUGGAUCCGAUGUUAAUAAUAAUGGUAAUGCUAUUGCUGAAUUAUGCAUUAAUGGAAAAAGGAGGGAGAUGGAAAUGUUUACUUUGGAUUCUUGCAAGAAGCCUAAGAUUAUUGGAGCUUUGUAACAUUACAUUAACUUUUUUUUUUUUUUUUUUUUGUUUUUGUUUUUUUUUUUUGAGUUUUUGUGACUGAUGAAAAAAUGGAUCUCAAAAAAAAAAAAAAGGGAGAUUACGGUACAAGAACAGUAUUAGUACUUUAGUUGCAAGUUGUUGCAAAGGUGAAUUGUAUAUUACUUAAUUAGAAGAAGAAAAGGAAAAGGUGAAAGUAGGUAACAAAACUGGACAGGGAAAAAGUGUUUUGAAAGGAUUUAAAGGAGAAAAGAUAACUGUUUUAAUUGUAUAAAUAUGUUUUGUGUAUAUUAUUUCAUGCAUAAGAUGAUGAUGUGUUGUAAUCCAUGAACUUGCAGCAACAUGAGAAUUAGUUUCUUUCUA